AUGCGGGAACCUCCCAGCAUCUUGCACAAAGCUUGGCAGAAAAGCAAGAGGAUUGAUGCAGCAUUGACUUCCGUAACAGAGAUACUACAAAUAUUGUUCUUCAGCUACACUGGCAUGGGAAUUGUGAGUUUAAGAUGGUGGCUAUUGCUGCCAAUGAUGUGUCAAACUCUAUUAAGCAAAUCGGAUCCAAGGGAGGCACAACCAGGUUUUAAAACAAUGGUUCUUCCAAAACCCUUAUCUCGAUCUAGUCCGCUUGUGAGGCGUGAGGUGGGUACUGAAGAACUGGACAAACCAAUUUGUGGGGUAUCUGCUCCAAGCUGGGGCAAAUGGGAAACUCAGGGUGUUGUAAGGGAUUAUGACCGUGCUUUCUUGGAUGCGGUACAAAGGCAGUCAUGGGAAGCAGAGGACCUAAAAGUCUUUGGGUUGUGUCCUGAAGAAAAGCAUCAGACUGCUGUGGAGGUUCUUAAGAGCUUUGCAAAUUUACUUGUAGAGCCUCAAGGGAAACAUCUGGUGGUGCUUCACAUGGAAAAAGUUGACUGGGAAGCUGGAACCAGCCUGCAUUUUAAAGGGACUGUGAAGGAACACGUUACUGCUCAUCUGCAACAUCGUCACUUACUGUUGCUUGUCUUUCACCUUGACACACAUAAAUCCAACAGGGAUCACCGUGGAUCUAAAAUUCUAGUGUCAGGAGGAGGAAUCCAACCAGAGCAGGUUGCUUGUGUAUCAUUAAAUACCCGCUAUCUUGUUAUGAGAGUAGGAGGAACUGUGAAAAACCAACCUUCGGGAGACCUAAUGCUCCAUCUGUCUGUUCAUAUGAAAGGCCUUUCAAAUGGUGUUUUUCUAACUGAUGUUGAAGUUCAGAAGCUCCUUUUUGGCACAGAAAGAAAGUGUUUAACCAAGAUGACACCAGCACUGUUCAUGGUUAUUGGUGGUACCAGCCAAGAUGCACCUGUUCCCUUCUUGUCGCAGGCUGAGAAUGUCAUUCCCAGCUUUAGUACCCACAUAAACCCAGCUACUUCUGCUGCUGAAAAGAAGGAUGAAUUCCUUGAGAUGAUAUCACAGUUCUCAAUGCUUCUGCUCAACUCUAAUAGUAAAGCAACAUCUACUAUUAAACUUCCCCUUGACCCUAAUGAUCACAGUGUUGGCGAUCUGCGUCCUCAACUUUUUAAUGUUACGGAUGUAGAAGCAUUGGAAUGGUUGGUGGACUCCAAUGACCCUUUGGUGUUCCUUUUUCUAUCAGGAAGCAAGUUUUUGCAAGGGACAAAAGUUCUUCAAGAGAAGCUUGCUGGAAAGUUGCUGGAGAAGAUGACAGAUAAGCUUCAGGAGGUGUUGGAUGAUAUGGAAGAGCUUUUGUCUAAUAAAGAUUAUGUUAAAAUCCUUCACCACCUUUUACAUUCUUGUCAUGGCACUUACAAUGUUAGCUAUUUACCCACAGAAGCAGAGAACAUAUCACAGUUGGGGGAGAGCCAGAACAGGAAGCUUCAUUCCUUGAUGCUUCUUAAGGUCCUUCAAACAAUUCGUUCUUAUUGGCAAGACCAAAAGAAGCUUUCUAGACGAAACCGGGGAACUGGCAUCAAACCAUAUUGCCGCCUGCAAGAACUGACUAUUAGUCUGAAGCCAUUUGCGGAGUACAAAGAUGUACUAUUGCCUGAGGAAAUCAAUAUCAAUAACUGUGUUGGGCCUUGCCGGUUUCCACAGACCACACAAAAUGACUACCAGACACAUGUGGUUCUUCUGAUCCAGCUUCAGGAAAGGAGUGAGUCAGGUCUCGCUCGCCCACCAUGCUGUGUACCUGUGAGAUAUGACGAGCAAUGGCUUAUGGUGGUCGAUGAAAAUGGUAUCAAGAUUCAGAGUUACCCUAACAUGGUCGCCAAGGAGUGUGGUUGCAGAUAAUCUGAAGUAAUACAAAAAGAUACAUGUAAAUAUGAAACUAUAGAUGAGAAAUGAGUGCAUUAAGGAAUGAUGUCAUUAUAACUAUUCUAACUUCCCGCUGAAACAGUGGCAUAAUUAUAGGGGAAGCAACCCUGCAGCUACAGGACACUGCAAAGAUAGGGGUGUCUGUUAAGAACUUGACCCUUUUCUCGCCCCACUUCUGCUUGUGCAAUUCCCUGUUUCUGGCCUCUACAUUUACAUAGAGUAGAUCACCGGUGCAUGUGUAGGGGGGAGAGGCAUGGGACCCAUGGGUGUUUGUGGCAGGAGAGACAAGGGAUAUGAAAUUAUGUCAUUGCACUGAAACAUGUGCCUGCAUCAAAAAACUGUUUUUAACAUGCACAUAGAAUUUUUUUCCUAUAUACUAAAAUAAGAAUUAAAAGGUAAAUAAUACUCAUAAAUAUGGUUUAGAUUCCCAUGCUUUCCUUUUGUAGAAACUUUAAGUAGGUAGGUCAUAGGUACAUAUAUAGUAUGAUGAUUUAUUCAUCUUUUCAGUACUCAGAGGGACCAUCUUUUUUGCUUUUCUUUAUUAAAGGGCAUUAGUUUAUGGAUAUUAUGUUACCUUUAAUACCACCAGGGCAUUGUUUGUUUUGUGGAGUGCGCCUGCUAAACACACCACACAUACAUUUUUAUUCAUCUGUCUGAGCUGAGUAUGAAGAAAACUCACAUCACAAAUUGUAUUGUGAGAGAGCAUACUGGAACAUUCAAGGAGAGCAAAAGUUUAAAUCACUGACUAUAACCUCCUACCCUAAGAUGGUUCUGGGUACUUUCAUGCAAAUUGCACCAACACAGGCACACAGCCAUGCUCUUUUGUGCUCCCAUAUCCUCUGCUCUGCCCUGGGGCGCCAGGUAGUACUGAAGAUGAUGGUGGUGGGGUAGUUUGCAUAAAGUACUCUUGCUGGUAUGGGUUCAUGUCUGAACUUUUUAAAUGGAUUAACACACUUUGCAGAGUAGCUUCCAAAAGUCCUCCUUUUAUCAUUUGGAAAAAAAUAGACUGUUCAGUACAGUGUUUUACAUUUUACAUUAAAUAUUUAAACAUGAUUUUCCAGCUGUUUGUAACAAUGUCAAGCAAGCUGAAUGAAUCAGUUCAAGGACAAAUUGUUCUCCUGAAUGCCAGCAUACCUCUCCAACAUUCAAGAUUCAAAGCCAGCUCCAACAAAGACUGCCCUAUCCCAGUUAGUAUAUACGACCACUGAAAAAAUGCGGCUCCGCUGAUGAGUAGCAGUUUUAAAGCCUGUCUCCAACACAGGACAGGUGUAAACAUUAACAAGGGCCAAACAAAGCAAAGACUGUAAGAAAGUCUUGCUUACAGAUGAGUGAGAUAUUAAUGUUUAAGGUUGUAGUAAUGAAACUUAGAAAACAGUGGCUUGGAAGGCCCUAGGUGUUCAGGGUUUUAGCAGCCCUGCAUGAGCAUUUAACAGAAAUCUUAAGAGAGUGGAAGGGAUUCUUCAAAUGUGAGUGACAAGUAGUUUCAUGGUCAGUGAAGAUUUUGCAUUUUGAUGUACAGAUGGCCUUCUGCAAGUUAGUAAACAGUCCUUGAUGCCGUUAGAAUUGGAUGCUAUGGCCAUAUUUGGCUGGUGUGUGUCAUGUCUGGGUAAGGAAGUUUUUAGGUAAAUGAUUAUGCAACGCACAAUUUCAGGUCGAAUGAAGGCAAGGGUCCUGAGAAAUUAAACACAGCCCUGGGUCUUGAGAAAUAAUUUCUGCACCACAUUUCGGCAAAGUGCCACAAUGCAUCCUUCCAUUCCCAAAUGGCUCCUUUCACCCUAGUUGAGCCUAUCCUAAAGCCACACUUUGCUGCUACAAGCUAGACAUAUAGUAGCCCUGCACUUUAUUCUGGAGUACAAAAACUUGCACCUGUUCAAAGACAAUGCUGCUUUGUGCCUGCCAGUAUUGCACUCUGAUCUAGAUUUUUAAUACAGCAUGAGGUGCAGAGCACAGCUAUUCACCAGGGGUUUUAAAUGCCAAUAAAGAUGCUUUAUCUUGAUGAUAAUAUGCCAUUCAGCAGCCACUAUUACUUUACAAGAUUCAUCCCAGCCACAAUUAGUUACUGACAUUUUCUCUCUAAAGAUAAUAUCUUUCUCUAACCAUCAACUGUUUUUUAUGCAGGCUAGGGGGCAAAUUUACUAAAGGGUGAAGUGACAUCAUUUUGGUACGUCGGCAAUUUACGGGCGCUGGCGUAACUUCACUAGUGAAGGAGAUAGACUCUAGCGCUCCUUCGCACUCUUACGCCAGG